UAGGUACGGACUAGCUGUGGGAGACACACACUUGCAUCAUGGCGCCUUACUCGAUCCUGCUACUGUUUCUAGUGGCUACCACAACAGCAUCUCCUAUAACCACUGGAGAUGUGCUAACUACCACCACGAACUCUACUGCUAGUGAAGACUUGCUGAUAAUAACGGAAAACUUCUUUCUCGAAACCAACGUCAAAUAUACUGGACAGCACGAUAUCGUCAACAUUAUCGUACCUCUCAACAAAAUAAACUUCGAAGAUGAUGACGAAGAGCGAUACAACAAUGAUAUAACAAUUUUCUUUGUUGAAGCCGAUUUAAAUGAUAAAGGCGAAAGAAAAGAUCAGGGAUUAUACGUCCUCAAAAACGGUAAAGCCACUAAAAUACUAGAUAAUGGAAGGGACGCUACAGCUUUAAAUGACGAUAGUACAAAGGUAUAUCUUGGUGCGUCUGACGGUAUUUAUGUAUACGACGAUACAAAUGGUAAAACUAAUAAGUACGGAACUCUCACUGAUAAUAUAAUCCAAAUAGAGGCUGAUAAUAAAACAGGCGUCAUAUAUUUUCUAACAAACGACCAUGAAGUAUUCUCUGUCGCUGACGAAGGAAAAAAGAAAAAUAAAGUUAACCUUAAAGAUGUUAGAGAAAUCGCCAUUGAUUAUAAUAGCAAUCUGUAUUAUUAUGAUAAUAAUAAAGACUUGUACCUGUGUAACCUAAACCAUGGUGGUGUCCAGAAAAUUGAAGGUAUACCAAGUCGAAACAGUAUCAAACUGAUCCGACCAAUGUUUGCUCAAGAGGAUGGCGUUUUUGCUAUUAUAGAUGAUGUUAUAUAUUUGCUGAACGCUGAUAGGACUGCAGAGAAAAGUAAAGGAAGUUUAGAAGUAAAACCAUCCGCAUAUGCCCCUGAAGCUACGUUAAUACAUUAUUAUGCACUUGACAAAAAAAUAUACGAAUUCAAUGUGCUAGCAAUUAUUAGUCCGGAACUUGAAGAGUUGAAAGACUUUUUAAAUGACAAGAAAAAUGAAAUACAAAAUAUUGCGACGAAGUCAAGAAGUUCCUUUGGGGCGUGAAAUUAAAUGUACAUACUAUAUUUAUGAUUAAAAUUACUAUUUUUAUUUCUCUUUAUUCUACCCUGGGGAAUAGAUUCCAGAAAUCUACAAGUGUGUUGCCUUAAAACUAAUAAACUUUCGGCGAAAAAGUCCUGCACUUAGGUAUGCAAUUUUAUGUUUAGGUAUGUUAAUUAUGUUAUUUAAAGAUAUCAUUUAAAUCUUUUAUGGCGAGUACAUACCUAAAUACAAUGUCUGUGAAUUCUAACUUGUGAUUUAAGGUAGACAGACGUCCACAGGGCCGCAUCGCACGCAACGGAUAUUUGCGUCCACUGAUCGGUACUGCGGAUUAGUGGACGCACUUAUGUGACUUCUAUACAAAGAUUACUAAAAAUCCGUUGUGUGCGAUCCGAUGCGGCCCUGUGGACGUCUAUACCUUUAAUUAAUCAACACAAUAUUAACUCACAUUUAUAGACGGGUCUAACGCGAAUUUUAUUCAAUUACCUUGAUUUACCGACGUUUCGACACAGGUUUCACUGGUCGUGGUCGCGGCUGACUGAUGUCCCAGCAAAAUCAAAAGGUAAUUGAACAAAAUUGGCGUUAGACCCGUCUAUAAAUGUGGGCUUUAAUCAACACUUUGGUAAAUGAACUUUCAAGUUCAUUUUUGGGCCAUUAUUUGGAACUCCAAGGGCAAUCCAAAAGCAAUGCAUUAAAUGACGAUUUGCUGGUGACAACUGAAACUCACCAAAAAAAGGAACCCUGUUUUGGUACUAGUGCGGUUCAUUAUGACUGAACUUGGGGUCGUAAUUAGGUCACCUGACGAAAUAAAUGUGUUAUGUUGUUUUUUUUUUAAAUUAAGUAAUAAAUAGACGGUGGUAAUUUUUUA